AUGUGGGUCUACCGCAUCGAGCUGCCACCGCGCGCAGAGCGGUCUGUUCGAGCAGCCGUGCCUCGCUACGUUGAUGUUUACUUCGACCCAGCCUACAAGUUGUACCAGACUCAUGCCCAACGCAUCAGUACUGAGCCUCGUGUUCCUAUGUUUGAAGGCUUCACAAUGCCUCCGUUGACUUUGGACUCUGAGCGCAACGCUAUGUACAAACAGGUGCAAUGUCGUCCCACCGCAAUCCUUGCCGACGAGAACGCCGAGCAGGAUGCGGAGACAUUGGUGUUGGAAGCUUUCAAGCAUUAUUCCACACUAAAAAGGCGCGUCCCUGGAGAGGAUUUGUCGGAAACUGCUGCAGUUGCGUUCACCCGAUCGUUGCUUGAAUGGCAGGAUGACAUGAAACGAGAAGCAACGAUCGCCAGAUACCGCUUUGCUGCCCGUCAACAAUAUCCGUCUUUAUGGGAGACAGCUGAAAUGGUUGCUUUGCUGGAAGAGAAGUUGAGUUUGGCGACAGGCACUACAGUGACAACUCCAGACACAGACCCUGAUCGGUUGAAGCCGCGUUGCACUGCAGCACAAUAUUCGUCUAUGUUGGCGGAAAGUCGCAUUGCGCACCUGGAGGGAUUGGCGCGAGCCAGGCAGCAGAAACCGAAGAGGCGCCGAGACACUGAUGCUCGGCUCUAUGAAGAGUACGUGAAGAUCACCACUGCUGGAGAGAAGGACGACGAUGAGGCUGCCGACAAUCCAGAGGAAGAGAUGGAAGUCAGUGUUGCAACAAAGCCAUCGGAAGUCUUUCAACCAAUCGUGUUCCAAGCAAACGCAGAAGAGCAGAAGAAGCUGUUACUUUUCGAAUGUCAAGGUCGACACAAUCAGUACACAAAAGAUUUUCUGGAGGAGGCAUGGAUCAAGAAUGAUUUGUUCGAAGCGGCCGCCAAGUGGAAGAGCUGCAGCAAACACGACCUGCACGCCGUGUUUCAUGCGUUGAACAGCUUGUCUCCAGACCAGAGAGCAGACGUCUUGGAUGGACCGCGUGCCGGAGCAGUCGCAGAAGAGGAAGCAGCGCCCAUGGACACGGGCGAAGACGACCGCCACGUCUUUCUGAAGAAGUGUUUACCUCGACUGCCUGCUGAUUGUGUUCGCUUCAGCCAACAACGGGUCUACAGCAAGCCUUCUGACUUGGUCAAAGCUAUGGUUCAAGCAUUGCCUGCCAACAGGCGCUUGAACGAGGACCAGGAAAUUUUCAUGAUGCGCUUUGCCGAGGUGCUCGACAUUGUUUAUGAGCAAGAAGCCGCGGAGCAGCCGCCAGACAAGCGGCAUGUCUACCACAUGCUCCUUCUGGGUCAAGGCGGCUCUGGCAAGACGCACAUCGCAGAGACCCUGAUGGUUGUGGCCGCGAAGAAUGCGCAGGCCAAAAACAUCUCCACAGAGCAGGUGCGGGCAAGGACAUUGCACGGAGCCGCGCUGCUCGGAGUCCAGUCCCUGACCAACAGCAACAUGGCGGCCGGCUCCAAAGAAAACGCGCUUCAAAAACUGUGGGGCUCGGUUCGCGUGUUGGUCGUGCAGGAGAUCAGCAUGGUAUCUGCUCUGUUGUACAACAUGUUGGAUUAUCGAGCCAUGCUGGGUCGUCGUGUCGUUUUCAAAGUGGACCGACAUACCUACACAAAAACUGGUUGUGCUUUUGGCCGCGUGCCGAUUGUUUUGCACCUUGGUGAUUUCUUUCAGCUUCGUCCUACUGCGCAGUUAUCGUUGCUGGACGACUUGGAAGCGAAAGACGACGAUGGGAAUUAUAUCUAUCAGGACGUGCCAGCAGAGGUGCAGCACGCACAGCAACUUUUUGGCUCGAUUCCAGAUGUCUUUGAGCUCCGUGGCACAAUGCGAUUCAAGCCUGGUGACCCUUUGAUUGACAUUUUGCAGCACAUGCGGUCUGGCAAACGCUUUCCCGAUGCGUUGUGGGAAAGGCUGCAGGCCAAGUUUCGCGAAGGAUAUGGCAUGUCGAUUUAUUGGGCGUCUCUGGGUCGCAUGAUAUGCCGCAGAGCGCUCAUGGAUGCUGUCCGCCUGGCACAUCCAUUAGUCUUGCUCCAGGCAGCUGAUGUGUGCACUGACCUGGACAAGGAGACUGCUUUCCGCUUCUUGAACCGUCCGAAUCCCUACGGCACUGGUCAUAUGCAUGGAAUCUUUCCCUGUCAUGUCGGCAUGCAGGUGCGACUUAUCGCGAAGUUGGAUGCUGACAAAGGAAUGAUUCAAGACACUGUUGGAACCAUCAUGGGUUUUGAGUUUCACAGCCAAGAUCGCCGACGCUAUUCUGUCUGCGCUGGUGGAGAUCUGUUUUCGCCGCAGUAUUUGCCGUCGGGCAUUUGGCUGUCCAUUGAUGGUUUUCAGGGAUGUUCUAACUGGAUGAAUUUGAUGGACUUAUGCCGGCAACAUGUCCCAGAUGAGGCAACGGCCGAGAAGUUGGCUCGCAGCUUUUGGUUUUUGCCUGCGGAAGAAAUUGUUGUGAAAUUCUCCAGCACGCAGAAUUACCAGGUGCGCCGCUGUGGAUUCAGGAUGACGCAUGCCAACUUCUUUACAAGCACCGGGUCGCAGGGUCUGACUUUGCGGAAAGGCACAGUAGUUGAUUGUGCGCGUUUGCCAGAGAUGGACGACAACAAUUGGUGGCUGCAUCUUUAUGUCAUGUUCAGCCGCGUAACGUCUUUGGAUGAUUUAUUAUUGCUACGUCCACCGCCACGGGAUGUUCUCGAACGUGGACCACCAACAGCGAUCGCGGAGAAGGUUGCUGCAUUUCAGAAGCGCGCAGAAGAAUGUCGACAAGGGUCACUGUCUAGGUGUCAACCUCGCGCUGAACCAUAG